GAACAAGAGUGUGGUUUAGGAGCUGGGACAGCAGACGGAGGAGGGGGAAGUCGUCCUGGAGGAAUUUCUGACAGUAAUGGAAAAUACUCAGCUUCAAGUCUGCGGUGAAGAAUAACUACGACUCUUCUCAGUUAAAACUCAGGCGGUGUUUCUAUUCUGACUUUAACACGGAGGUAACGGUGAAAUCAAUGACUUCUGCGGACAGCCGAGCAGGACACAGACACGGAGGGGGGACGGUGAAAGGAUUUGUCCAGAAAGUCCACACUCCUCACCCGUCCCUAAAUGAUUCACUGGAGGGAGAAAUUCAGGCCUUCCUCAUCGAUGAAGACCAACUCCACACCUGUGACGACCUCACCAAAGUCAACCCAGUGACACCAUCAACAGUGCUGAAAUGCCUGCAGGCCAGGUACAGUGUGAAGGUGUUUUACACCCAUGCUGGCUGCACCUUGGUGGCUCUCAACCCCUUCCAGCCAAUCCCAGACCUCUACUCUCUGGAUGUGAUGAAGGAGUAUCACUGUGCUCCUCAGCCGCAGGAGUUCAAACCACACAUCUUUAUAGUGGCAGAAGAAGCCUACAGGAAUGUUAAGGGCCAGCUGGAGCCGGUGAACCAAUCCUUGGUGGUCAGCGGUGAGAGCGGAGCAGGAAAGACAUGGACAUCUCGUUGCCUGAUGAAAUACUACGCGACUGUGGCGGCCUCCUCCUCUGUGGUGAAGAGUCAGGACACAGUGGAGAGGAUCGAGAGGAGGGUGCUGGACUCCAACCCCAUCAUGGAGGCUUUUGGCAACGCCUGUACGCUCCGGAACAACAACAGCAGUCGCUUUGGAAAGUACAUCCAGCUCCAGCUAGACAGGAAUCAGCUGCUGGUGGGGGCGUCUGUGCAGACGUACUUGCUUGAGAAGACCAGGGUGGCCUGCCAGCCGGAUAACGAGAGGAACUUCCACAUCUUUUACCAGAUGAUGAAAGGAGCCACGGAUGAGCAGAGGAAGGAGUGGAAGAUGCCAGGUGACCAAAGUUUUGCGUGGCUGCCGAACUCUGAAAAAACUGUUGAAGAGGACUGUUUUCACGAGACUAUCGAGGCGAUGGUUCAUCUGGGCAUUAAUGAAGAAAGGCAGAAACAAAUAUUCAGGAUAUUAGCAGGGAUUCUGCAGCUGGGCAACUUCAAUUUCUCCUCUUCAACGAGUGAAUCCCAACCUUGUGACCUCGACGAACAGUCCAAAGACUUCUUGCAGAGGGCUGCUGAGCUGCUGUGUGUCCCGGCUGAGGAGCUUCAGGCCUGUCUAAGAGUGAGGACGUUGAAGGCGGGGAAGCAGAGCGUGCUGAAGCCCUGUUCCCAGGCAGAGUGCAGCAUGAGGAGAGACUGCCUCGCCAAGGUCAUCUACGCCCAAUUAUUUGAAUGGCUGGUGACGUUCAUCAACAACAGCAUAUGUGCAGACAAAUCCAUGUGGUGCAACUUCAUAGGAGUUCUGGAUGUGUACGGCUUCGAGUGUUUCCAGAUCAAUAACCUGGAGCAGCUGUGCAUCAACUACGCCAACGAGAAGCUGCAGCAGCACUUUGUGGCUCAUUACCUCAGAGCUCAGCAGGAGGAAUACGUGACUGAGGGGUUGGCGUGGUCCUUCGUCAAAUACCAAGACAAUCAGAGCUGUCUGGAUCUUAUAGAGGGAAGCCCCGUCAGUGUGUUCUCUCUUCUUAAUGAGGAGAGUCGUCUGAAUCGAGUCUCCGACGCGAAGACGUUCAGGGUUCGUUUGGAGAAGGAGCUCCGUGAUAACGCCAACAUCAGCUGGGACAAGUUCAGCAAGGAGCCUCACUUCACUGUGGCGCAUUACGCCGGCAAAGUCAACUACCAGAUCCAGGGGAUGGUGGAGAAAAACAAGGACCCAGUGCCACCAGAGCUAAUCGACCUGCUCCAGAAGUCUGACGACCCGCUGCUUCAACAGAUCUUCACCGACAAGGAAACCGAGAACCCAACGAACAAGGGACUCAGUAAAGUCACCGUGGUCUCCAAGUUCAAGAACUCUCUGGAGAGCCUGAUGAAGAUCCUGCACACCACCACUCCUCACUACACCCGCUGCAUCAAACCCAACCCAGAGUGCAAACCGCUGACCUUCAAAAAGGAGGAGGUCAUCAUGCAGCUGGAGGCCUGUGGGAUCGUGGAGACGAUUCAUAUCAGUGCUGCUGGCUUCCCAAUAAGAAUUCCUUUCCAAGGCUUCAUGCAGCGUUACGGCCUGAUUCUAAAACAUUCAAAUUUCAAGUCAGGAAGUCAUCAUGUUGCUGUGGAGUCUGACAGCAACGAUGUUCUUCGGCAAGAGGUGGAGAAGCUCCUCAGCGUCGUGUUGCAGCAGAAGGCGUUUGACACCUCGCACAACCUUGACAGUAACAAACGCAAUUCAUGGGUGCACUGUGGGAGGACCAAAGUUUUUCUCACCCAGUCGAUGCUAGAUUUACUGGAGGAUCAGAGGAAGAAGAUCCUGUCUCAGUGUGCCUUCUCCAUCCAGUGCUGCUGGCGGAGGCGCCAGCACCGCAGACGCCGCGCCCGCCAGCAGUCUGCCACCCUGAUCCAAGCAGCGGUGCGGUCCUGGCGGGUCAGGAGGCAGGUGCACAGGUGGAACACAGCAGCUUCAACCAUCCAGAACACCUGGAGGAAGUGGAAGACUCUGUUGAAGUCCGUGGCUGACGCAGAACUGGAUGAUGCAAAGGACCUAGUGGAGGAAGAAGUGCCGCCAUUGAACCCCGUUGUCAGGGAGCGGGGCUCCGUGCAGCUCUCCUCCAUCCCAGAGCCCGUUCCAGUGCGAGGGUGGCCCAUGGGCCUGGCUCUGGCCUCAGCCCCGUCCAUCACCAUGUCUCUGACGGCCACAGGCUUCCAGAAGAUGGUGUCUGUGAUGGCCUCCCUCAACCUGCCCUCCAGGAGAGGGGAGUACAAGGUGAAGACCAACCAGUACUCGGAGGAGCUCGCCUCCAUACGGGCUCAACCCAAGGGAUCUGUAAAGCUGCACUGUCAGCGAUCUCCACUCCUCUACGCUGACAGGCAACCAGGCAUUAAGAGCGACGUGACAGGGUUCAACGCCAUCCUGCUAGAGAAGACUUUGUAAGAGUUAUGCAGAACACUAAAUGUUGAUUUCAUGGACACAGACUGAUCUGGCACCGAGGUGUUGCAGUGAAGCAGCUGCUCUUCCAUAAUCUGACACAGAGGGAACAAACCUGGUGUUUUAUGCUGCCAUUUUGUGUUUGAAGUGAUUAUUUUCAGGUCCGACUUAGAAUGCCAAAGUUAAUCUCACUCUGUUAUACAAGGGUGCAAAGACCUGCACCCUGGCAAAAUAUUUAAACCUAUGAGGAGGCCAGGUAACAUGAUAUACAAGUGUCAUGGUGAGAUUAUUUCUUUGCAUUCCCUUUUUCUUUCCCCUUGCUGCCAACUGCCACUGUUUUCACCUUAUAAACUGUUGCAAGGGAAUGCAAGAUGUAAUGUGAGGGAAGGGAAAAAAAAAUCUCUCCAUGAUCCUUGAGGAGUUCUGUAAUAAUGCACUACAAUGUGAACCUGACCUUCUCAUCAUAAAUCAUCUCUAGUGGUGUUCAGGUUCCAUGAACUAAAAAAAAAAUCAUCUCUAAUCUAAAAUCUCAGUCAGUAGACUGUCCAGAAACACUGACCACUAAACUGCCACAUCUGAGAGUAGACAUGUAGAAAACAAUGAUGUCACUGUAGGACAAGAUCAAGAUGGAAAUUUUUUUUUAAAUUAGUGUUGUCUGGAGAGCUGAAAUGACACUGCACAGCCUCAGCACCUUCAUAAACAGAGGACUGCAGGUUUUUGUUUUAUUGUUGCCUCUUUCGAAUGUCUGACUGUUGAUCAAACUACGAGUGCCUUUCUCUGAAUCUACACUCAAAUCACAAAUGGGCUGUUAGUAUAUGUAUUUAUUUAAGGGUGAUUAUUUAUGUGUGAUUUUAUAGACUUAUUUCGGGUGUAAAAACAAAUGGGCCAGAUGCAGAUACGAUUGCAGAUGUUAUAACAACAUCCACCAUUUAUUUAGUAUGGAAGUCCAUUUCUGCCAAUGUGAUGAAAAAAAAGUAUCUCAAAAUUCGACUUAGUCUUGUAAAAUAAACUUUCUCAAUAUUUUGAUUUAGGCCUGAUGGUAGGUAAAAUGUCGCUCAAAAAACAGCCAGUUUGUUCACAAUUCCCACAGUUGGGCGCUGAAAAGCUGCUGGAAAAACAGCCACGGGUCCCUAAACUACCCCCACAUUUGGGGGCCAAAACAUUGCUAGAAAACCAGCUAUGGGUCACCAAAAAAUAUCUGUAUUUGGGCGCUGAAAAGCAGCUGAAAAAACAGCAAUGGGGGGCCCAAAAAACACCCACAUUUAGGGGUUAAAAAGCCGCUGGGAAAACAGCUAGGGGUCCCUAGGAUACCCCCACGUUUGGGGGCUAAAAACCGCUGGAAAGCCAGCCUCGGUUCACUGAAAAACACGCGCAUUUAAAGGCUGAAAAGCAGCUGGAAAAACAGCGACAGGGGGCUCAAAAAACACCCACAGCUGGGUGCUGAAAAGCCGCUGGAAAAACUGCCAUGGGUCCCUUAACUACCCCCACAUUUGGGGGCCAAAACACUGUUAGAAAACCAGCUGUGGGUCACCAAAAAAUAUCUGUAUUUGAGGGCUGAAAAGCAUCUGGAAAAAAAACAGCAAGGGGGGGCUCAAAAUACACCCACAUUUGGGGGCUAAAAUGUCGCUGGAGAAACAGCCAUGGGUCCUUAAAAUACUCUCACGCUUAGGGGCUGCAACGCCACUAGAAAACCA